CAAACAUACUUAGGCGCACGCAUAUACGCGCUCAUCAAAAAAUGCCAUUGCAUCUUUAAGUGGCACCCAUGUCUCCCACACCCAGCGUUUCUGGUAGAGUUGCAAAGUGCGAGAGAGAAAUUGUAAGCGGCGCUGUUAAAGACAGUGGAACCUGGCAGACGAAAUUAACACAUUGCCAAUUUUGGCAAAAUCCUCAUCAAAAAAAGCAUCAAUCGAAAAGCAGACAUCGCCAUUACUAGUUUGUGUCUCUGCAGCCUGAGCCCAUCCCAUCUCAAUGGAACCAGGGGGCAGCGAGCUGGAGCCCAGCCUCCCCACACAAGACAACCCCUGCCUGAUUGUGGAGGACUCCCAGCCCGACAGCGGCGCCCUGGAGGAGGACCCCGAGAGUGGUUAUCGAACUCUGCUCGCAAAACGCCUCUCGAACCUGCAGCCGCACGCACACAGCCCAGUUCUGGAGCUGAUCUCUUCUCCACUGGGCGGCAAGGGGUGUGGGGGGGACGGCCAGCAGGAGGGACAGAGUGACGGGCACCCCAGCUCGGCCACUGUGGAUUCUAACCAGACCCAGAGCUCUGCCCUUGAGGAGCACAGUCAGCUGCUUGUGUGCCCCCUUAAGAGCCCAAAAAGGGCCCUGGGAACCGUGAACAGUGAGUCUGCUGGAGAGGACGUGGGAGACAGUGCUGACUCCACCACACAUUGUGCCCAGUCUGAAGUAGGAACGUCGCAGUUCGGUCUCCUGGAGUUGUCAGAGAGUCAGGGUCUUGGAGAGGCGCAUGAGAGCCGGGAAGAGACAGACACUUCAGGGAGAGUGACUGAGAGCCCUCAAAAGCAGUCUAACCAAGCCAGGGGGCAGAGUAUAACGGGGGAAAACAGCCUGACUCCCCCUGGUCAGGAUGACGUUUCGAAAAGGUCAGAGGUGACUUCCAGUUGUACCACUGAGCUGCAGUCCAGGGAAGUGACCAAUGAGAAGAAGAUGACCUUUCACCACUUCUUGCUGGGGCAGGGGUCAGAGGUGUUCCCGCAGGAGGAGGACUCCCAGCUCUCCACUCAGGAGGAUCUCUUUGAGAGGGAUGACACAGGUUCCACUGUGGAUAGCACUGUGGCUGAACCUGAGACCCCCGGGAUGCCAGCAUCAACCCCUGCAAACAGCCUCCGUCUGUUACACCUCUCCGGCCACACCACCCUAGUCCAGGAGAGCCUCUCCCAGAACUCAGUUGAAUUUGUGGCCCCUUCUCAGGACAAUUUUGGCCCAACACCCAUUAUUGUGCCCAACUCGCCCACAGAGCAGGAAGAUGAACCAGGUGAUGAUGAACCCAUGGAUACUUCUGUUUCUCCUGAUGAAGCUGAACAACCACAGAAGAAAGAAGAAGAGCCAAUGGAAACGGACCAACUCCCCACUGAGUCCUUCCAUGCCCACCCAGAUCCCAUAAGUUCAUCUCCAAAGUCUCGUAAUUCCCCUGCUUUGGUGCUGGAGAAAACUCUCCCUGUGCCAUCCCAGCCUGAAUUCUCACAUGAUAUAUUUGUCCCAACUCCAAGCCUGGAGGCUAGUAGCAGCAGUGUGGCAGAGAGCGGCAAUAAGGAGGUGCCUCCCAAGGAUAGCCCCUUAAGGCCCCUGGAGACGGGGUCUUCUAAAGACACUCAGGCAGAGCCCAGUAGACAGGAGCAGCACAAAGCAAAUCCCUGCCAGUCAGGUCCCAGCGUACCAGAGGAGUCAUUCCGAUUAGAGCUUUCUACAAACAGUGAGGGCAGCAGUCUUUUCCAGAAAACGCAAGGAAAGGAGGAGGAGGAUGACAGUGAAUUAACACAAAUAGAGGAGCUGGGUGACAGUGCAGGAGCCGCUACUAAUGACCCCUCAGUCACGCCUGCAAGCCAAACAAAGGAGAAAGACAUGGGAAAUGCUACCGGCACUCUGCAGCCAAAUGAAAGUAGUUUAUUAAACGUUUCUGAGGGGCCCAAGGCGAUAAAGGAUAGCUCCAUCGAGCAAACUGCUAAAGACUCGUACCCGUCCGAGAAUGCUAAAGCUGAGAAAUUUGCAGACGAGGACAACAAUGUGUCAGAUGUUUCCAAUGCAUCGGUCACUGGCUCGGCCACAGACAUGCAGAGAGCAUCAGAAGCAACAGCCUUGACAAAACCAAGUAGCUUGCAAAGUGCAGAGCCAGCAGGAUCAGCCAGCCCCAGCAGCUCCUCCCCUAACCCUCAGACUGUAGACUUGGCCACCACCAGCAGCGUUCAGGAGGGUCCGGCAGCAGCUGAUCUCCUUAAGCCCGCCACUUCCGAAUCUGCACCGUCCUCCUCAGGAAUUCCCAAGGAUGCCGACCCUCGGACUCCAGAGGAGGCAAUGGAAAUCCAGUCCAGGAGUCCUGAGGCUCCCGAAGAAUCCAGAUCCAAGGAGGCCGUCUCGAUCAAAGCUUCAGAUCAGGAAUUCGGGCAGAAUGCAGGGAAACCUGAGGGUGAUGAUGUGACUGUGGACACUUCAGAGGAAGAACCGGUUCAGAUGGAGGAAGAGAAGAAAGAGGACGAGGGGUCAGGCCUCUGCCUUGCCCUGUCUCAGAGCCAAGCAUUUUCUCCAGAGCCAAUGGAAGAAGAGGAAUCUUUCCCAGCACCAGAGGAGCCUAGCAUCCCAAAACGGGACAGUCCCCCAGGGGUGGAAAGGCAAAGUGUUGGGGAUGGAGAGGACGUUCCCAGCAGUGUGAUAGUAAUAGAGGAGAGUGAGAGGGACUUCCAGAAAGAAGACGAGGAGGUGACCCUACAGCCCAACAAGGCACAAACUGUAUCGUCCCAGCCAGUGAUCCUGGAUUCCUCUCAGGACUCUGCCAAUGUUCCUGAUAUUCCAGAUAAUGUUCAAGCAAAGGGAACAAAAGUGGAUAUGAUGGGAGACAAGUCUGUACCUUCUAGUAAUGGCUCCGUGCACCAGGCCUCUGAGAAAUCCUCUGAGACCAACGAGGCAGCAGAGCGUACAGACAAGGUGGUGGACACGAGGUGUCCUGGAGAGCUGGAAAGUCAGAGUGCAGAGAACUCUGCUGCCAAGAGCCUGAGUGACAGCUCUGGGGAAAUCCCGUUUCACUUUACUCUUCCCAAGGAAGGAGAGCUGAUUCGUCCAGCAGCUACUGCCACACCCCCCCCAGUUGACCAUCUUAAACUGACUCCCCGACACAGCACUCCUAUUGAGGUGGGGUCAUGUUCUGUCAGAGCUGCAGUCACUGGUGAUGUCAGCAGGGAGACAGCCAUGACCACCAGUGACAUCAUGGCAGAGGAGAGUGGCGGAGAUGGGGUCACAAGCGAUUCAGCCUUCGCGGUGGCAGAGCGUGAUGCAAAACUGAGCCUGAGGAUGAAGCUGGUGACCCCAGUGAAUGAAGAGAGCCCAGAGUCGGCAUGUUUCAGUCUGCAGAAACCAGCAUUAUCUGAAGAGGAAGUCUCUGUUGCCACGGCUACCACUGUUGCUAAGGCUGUAACCAGCCCCCUGCGGAGCCCGUCGGUGUUCAGCCGUGUGUGUGAGGUCCGCAGGCAGGUGGAGGCAGCGGGGAAAGAGAGGCCCAGAACCCCCACCAGAGGAGGCCUGUCGGAAGAGGGAGAGCCGGGUGAGGAGGGACAGAAGGCACUGCCUCUUCGACACGUGCCCUGUAGCCGUGCCCCCCAGGAGUCCGACCAGUCCUCGAGCCGCCCGCCGGAGGAAGAGGCGGGUCAGGGAAGCUCGGUCCGGCAGCGGGCACAGCGGCUCAGCGUCCGGGAGAAGGAGAUCCAGACAGACGCUCUGGCAUCUGGGCGGCUGGAGGAAACUGCGACCCAGACAGAGGGCAGACCGGGGCUGGCUGAGGAGGAGGAGGAGAGGUGUAGCGCCACCGUGCAGACUGACAACGCCAGCAGGGCCCUGCUGAGGCAGAGAGCAGUGUCCCAGCAGACCAGCUUUGAUGCCACCGGCACCCCCACUCUUCCUAGGAAGCUUCAGCAGAGGGCGGUGUCCCAGCAAACCAGCUUCGACGCUAGUGGGCCCCGGCAGGUAAUGAGCAAGGGAGACCCCGAGUCCCCCCCUCCGCGACCCCCUCCGGGGCAGUCAGUCCGACGGCAUGUGCGGACGAUUCGGGAGGUGCGCACGGUCGUGACCCGCAUCAUCACCGAUGUGUAUUACGAGGACGGGAAGGAAGUGGACCGCACUGUCACGGAGGAAUCGGAGGAGCCCCUGGUGGAUUGCCGCGUGGUGGAAAGCGACCUUUCCCCAUCCCGUACUGCUGGCUCCAUGACCUCAGGUGACCUGGGUGACGUCAGCUCUCUCUCCUCCAAGACGCCCAGCCUCCAGCGCAACUCCAGCGGGGCCAGCAGUGGGGGACCUGGUCCUGCCAGGAGGAUGGGCACCGAGGAUGCCACCAGAGGCUUCAUCAUGCCACCUCACCGCGAAGCCUCUGCCAGGCUCGCCAGCCCCCGGAAGGCAUGUGGUCAGCAGCAGGGGGGCUCAAAUGGGCCAGGUGGGUCCAGGGGGACAGAAGACAGAGCGAGAGAGCUGGAAACAGGGCCCCUCACCCCCUUAACACCCCGUGGAAGGGCGCGACGAGGCAGGCCUACGUCCCGCACCCCUUUCUCCAGGGAGUGUGGGACCCCCACAUCAAGGGACAGUGGCCAAGGUCUGCCCAGCUCGUCCUCCGAGGAUGAGCCCUAUAACCAAAUGUGUGCCCAUGUGUCGGAGAGCCCUCCUGAGCACAGGCCCCUGCGACGCUCUAACUCCCCCGAGUUUGGGGUGCUGCCGCCCCAGUCUCCUGACACCGGAGGGGGAGCCAGCAGCUUUGUGGGGCUGCGCGUCGUGGCCAAGUGGUCCUCCAAUGGCUACUUUUACUCCGGCUGCAUCACUCGCGACUCGGGAGCGGGCCGGUUCCGCCUGCUCUUCGACGAUGGCUACGAGUGCGAUGUGCUGGGCAAGGACAUCCUGCUGUGCGACCCCAUCCCACUGGAGACCGAAGUCACGGCGCUCUCCGAGGACGAGUACUUCAGUGCAGGUGUGGUAAAGGGGCAUAAGAAGGAGGGCUCUGACUUCUUUUACUGCGUGGAGAAGGAUGGCCAACGCAAGUGGUACCGGAGGAUGGCGGUCAUACUGUCACUGGAGCAGGGCAACCGGCUCAGGGAGCAGUUCGGCCUGGGCCCCUAUGAGCCCGUCACUCCCCUCACCAAGGCCUCUGACAUCAGUCUGGAUAACCUGGUGGAGGGGAAGCGGAAGCGCAGAGGGAACGUGGGGGCCAGUGGGACCCCCACCCGCGGGCCCAGCGAGAGCCCCAGAGCCCCCGGCAACACAGGCAAGAGGAAGCUCAUCAACGCUGCUGAGGAAGACAAGUGUCCCGCCAAGAGAGGGCGGAAGUCUGCCUGUCCCAAAACUGGGCGGCGUGUGGAAGCAUGCAACACCUCCGAGAGUGGCGCCGAACUGCCCUCGGACCCCGCUGAGCUGGUGGAGACCCAUGGGCCUCUCCCCCAGAGCGCUACGCUCUUCCUGGGCUACGCCUUCCUGCUGACCGCUUCUUCGGAGAGCGACCGUGAGACCAACCAGCCUGGCAGCGAGGGAGAAGAGGAGUAUGUGCAAACAGCCCCUUAUAACAAGCACUACACAGAAAGCCAGCUGAGAACGGGAGGGGGCUACAUCCUUCAGGACUUCAAUGAGGGACAGUGCAAUGCAGCCUAUCAGAGCCUCCUGAUUGCAGACCAGUACUGCCGUACCCAGAAAUACCUGCUGUGUGUGGCAAGUGGGGUCCCCUGUGUCUCUCACCUGUGGGUGCAGUACUGCUGCCGCGAUAACAAGCUACUGAACUAUAAGGAUUACCUGUUGCCUGCAGGAGUGGGGCUACCAGACAACCGCAUCGUGGAGUGGCACCCUCGCCGCAGCCCUUUCCAGUCCCUGCAGGUCCUGCUGGUCUCGGAGCACCCUGUGGAACUCUGGGCCGAACUCCUCAUGAUGGGCGGAGCCUCCUCCGUGCGCCAGUAUAAAGUGGACCCCGAUAGCCCGCCAGCGAUCUCGGUGGGAAUGUUCAACCUGCUGGUGACGGACCGCUCGUGCCCAGAGUCCGUGCUGAAGUGCGCAGCGGCCCUGGAGCUGCCCGUGGUGUCGCCUGAGUGGCUGAUCCAGAGCCUGAUUGUGGGGGAGCAGCUCGCCUACGACAGCCAGCCCCAGUACAGACACGACUACACUCCCCCUCCCUAACCCCUCCCCCUGCCUUUAGAACCCCUCUCACAGGCUUUCAAAAUGUCCCGUGUUUGUAACUGUUCUGGUGCAUGUCUUUCCUGUAUAUAGUUUUAUCCCUCAAUUUUUAUGAAUAAACUGUUUCAUUCUA